GCUCAAGCAAUCACUUCUUCGCAGCUCCUUCUUCAAUUUGCAGCUUGUGCAGACUCCCCUGUCUGGCAAGCUCUCCCCAUCCAUGUAAAAGUGCGGACCAGUCCCUCUUCAUGGCCGCACCCUCGCCCAGGGUGCCGUCCGUCCACCUCUGACCAUCUGUCCGCCCGUUCCCUCGACGCGCCCCCUUUUGCUCCCUCUCUCUCGCCCUCCCACUCCUACACUCUCUCCGUCUACUUGUUGGAUGGUAUGGCGGACUACCACGAUCCUGGUGGUCUCAUUUUGGAUGGGCCUUUUGACCCUGACGCCCAAGCCACCGUCACUGACUACAUCGACUACACCGAAUACCUGCCCGCCGACAUCCUCCGUUCCCUCACCCUCAUCCGCGGCCUCGAUGAGCGCUACCUAGACGCUACCCAGGGCAUUCACGAGUUGACAAAGACAUAUGGCCGUCUCCCUGAUCUCCCUCCGGAUCGUCGUCCCGAUGCGCGCACUCUGCGCAAGGACAUCUCCGCUGAGCUCGACCGCGCGAUCAACGCGCGCGAGUCCUCCCACGCCGAAGCUUGUCGCCUGUCGGAGGUCGUUGAAUACCACUACAAGCGCCUCGACAACAUUACGCGCAAGCUAGAGGCACUCCCUAAGCCUGCAUCGCGCGAACCCACACCGCCUCCCGCCCCUCCAGUCCAGACCCUCGCGACCACCAAACGCGGCCGAUCCAUCAAGAAAGCCGAUGAGAAUACCGUGGCUCCUGGACCGCCAACUACGCGCAUUACAUUGCGCCUCGAUAGCAGAGAGGGUCGCCGCACGAGUGCCCCGCCGCCUAAGUCGCGCACUCGUCGGUCGCUGAUCGCCGCCGAGCAUCUGGCCGGCUUCAACCCUGACUCUCCCAUUGCCAGCACAGAACAUUCCGAUGACGAGGCGAACGCCCCGGCGGCCUCCUCUCAGUCUCCCCCGGAGCCUGCCGCAGCCCCCCCUCCCGCCGCUACCGUCUCUAUCCCCACCACUGCCACCACACCUGCCAAAGACAAGAAAUCCGCCCGGCGCUCACGUCUUUCUGGGCUGGGUUCUGGGAUUCCGAGUACUAGCGGGCCUUCCAUAUCGACUAGCAAUGCGCUAGCCAUGCUCAAACCGCCUCCGGAAGAUGCCAAGCCCGGGAGCGAGGACAUGCCGUGGUUGCGGCUGACUGAAUGGGAGAUGACCAAGCUUCGCAAGAAGAUGAAGAAGAACGCGGUGUGGCAGCCGAGUGAGGUCAUGAUCCAUCGCGAGUUAGCGCUCCGUGGUCGCGGAUGGGAGGCAUACCGAACGGCGAAGGCGCAGGCUGAUGCGUCAGGGGCUGAGUUCAUCGACUGCGACGACAUCAUGAACACAUACAUCCCCGGCAAACUCAGCAAGCGCGGUGAAGCUCCUUUGGACAUCGAGGCUCCAUUCGAGACCAAGCUGAGUAACCGCGGCAUGAAAUUAAACGAGGCCAAGAAGCUCAAGCGGGAGAACCAGGCGCGUGAGCAGGCGGCGGCAGCAGCAGCAGCCGCAGCCGCAGCCGCCGCAGGUGAUGAUACAACAGCCAAAAUCACUGAUCAGCCGACCUUAACACUCAAAGGGCCAUCCGCCGCAGAGGCGCCGCAGGCUACAGGCAAGUCGAGUCGUUCUGCUGCAAAGAAACGCAAGCUGGACGAAGUAACACCGCCAGGGGCAGCUCCGGCAGCUCGGGCGGCCCCUGCAGCCCGUACAGCUCCCACUGCCCCUGUUACUGAUGCUUCUCCUGGGUCUGUUACUGUCACAUCUCCUACUCCCGUCACCGUUACUUCUCCUACACCCGUUGCCUCCUUAACUUCUGCUGCGCCUACUGCUUCUCCUCUUACCCCUGCUGCCCCAGUGGCUUCGGCUUCGGAAGUCCCAGAGGCCUCGAUAGCUCCAGAAAUUCCAGAAGCUUCAGAGGAUACUGCGGCAGCUGCAGAGCCUGCUGCACCUACUGAGGCGGAGACACGAACCUCGUUGCGCAGCGCCAGCAAACGUCGUCGGACAAGCAAGGAAUCUCCCGUCCCUGCUGAGAGCAAUACGAUCAUGCCGAACCCAGCUCUACCGACGUUUCCAGAGGUCGCUGCGGCCGAAGCUGCCGAUACGCAGAAGCCGGCAGUCUCGUCUUCCCCGGUCAGUACCAAACGAUCACUACCCCCUCCAGCCACGACCAGCACCGGCAAAGCACCAGCCGCCGGCACACCGACACCGCCAGUCACUCGACCUCCGUCCCUUCGGGGUGCAGCCCUGUCAGCAGAACCAACCAGCAACGCAAAUACUCUGUCGACAACUGGCCGCGAGCUUCGCCGGAAGAGCGCCACGCCUGCACGACGUACUCCUGUACCGGAGACGGCCCGUGCCGCCAGUGUCAGCGCACCGCAUCGCAAACGCAAGCGACCUGCACCGGGGCCGGUGUCAUCGGGACAGGAUGGCGGAGCCGCAGUCAGCUACGGCCGGCGCAAGGCUAAGCCGGGCAAGAAGCGCAUCAGUCUGCUCGAAGGGGAUAUCCUCAACCGCGACGACAUCCGUAUUGACGAGGACGGUGUGCUGGAGGAGAUCGAUCCGAACGAGCCGCGAUACUGUAUGUGCGGAGACGUGAGUUUCGGGACCAUGAUCUGCUGCGAGAACCCCGAUUGUGACCGCGAAUGGUUCCAUCUCGACUGCGUCGGCCUAUCGGAGGUGCCUAGUCGGACUGCGAAAUGGUAUUGUCCCGAUUGUCGGGUCAAGUUCAACAAGGGCGUGGAUGGGAUCGUGAAGAAUAACCCACGGCGGUGAUGGCUUGUUCGUGGAAUGGGUCCACUACGGUUUCCUUUUCUUCGCCCGAUCCUGCAAGGGUUUAUCCCUCCCCCUAAAUGUAGUGGCCGCCAUGCAACGAGACCACGAUCCGUCAGUCUUCGUCUCGUUUUCUCUGCUCCGUGCGAAGAUUCUAUUUUACAUUCUUGGAGGCUUCUCUAUCCCAGUUGGGUUAUUUAUUGUGUCUUUGUGAUUCGCAGCGUGGCGAAGUCUUGGGUGGGUGGGAGUUGAGGGAGUUUCAUUUUCUUUGUAUGGUUUCUGCUUUGGUGAUACCAUGACAGACAGACAGGAUUAGUUCGAUC